AUGAAGGCUCCUCUGCAUUCACUUGACCCCGUCGUCACGGGAAGCAGACUUCACUCCAGCAGACUUCCGAGCGCCUCACCCUCUCUCAUCUUUCCUCACUGUUACUUGCCGUCUGCUACAGUGUCUCGUUGUGCCUCUCCUCUGCGUCUCUGCGCUUCGCCGCUUCGCCACAACUCAUCGAAAUAUGUCUGCACUUUCUCCUCUGACAUUUCCACUUUCGCUUCUCCCUCCCAUCCGACAUGUGUCUCUUUCUCCCCUCUAGGUGAGUCAUCUCCUCUCCUUUCCACUGCAGAGCCUCUCCACCUCCCGAUCCCUUCUUCUCCUCUUUCUCCUUCCUCGUCACUCCCCUCUUCUUCGUUCCCUUCGUCAGCUCUUCCUCCUUCCCUCGCGUCUUCUUUUCCUUCUUCCUAUAGUCCUUCGCGUGCCUUUGUCAGGCCGUGUUCCUCUGGGCGCAUGCCAAGUCGACAAGCGUCGACUGUUGCCUCUACCGCGGCCCUCGCCGGGCACCCGUCCUCGAACGCUGUGCGGCCAGCGGCCGCGGAUCGCAUGCACCUGCUUCGGCCUUUGUCUCACUUCAACAGCAUCACAGGAGGGGGGAACGCAGACGAAAAUCGAGCAGAAACGAACGGCCAAGCGAAAAUGCAAAGCCUCUCCCGACAACCUCUGCGGGGGAGAGCGUGCGACGAGACGGAGGGAGAGCAAUCAGGUGUACAGACACCCAGGGGUGGAGCAAGCGAAGGGAUUGUGCCUCCUCAUGUACAUGCGACAGGUGAAGAGAAGGAAACAGAGGAAGAUGAGAGAGUGAGCAGGCAGGCAGAAAGAAACAAACCACCACGGGGAUAUGAUCAAAGAACUGCGAGGACGGAGACCGCUCCAGUUGUGCGCAAGGACAGCGAGGCAGACCCACGGAGAGGAAAGAGAGAGAAGACAGAAGAGAAAAAAGAGAAGAAGUCUGCGACUCUCCCCCGUGUUGGGAGUGAAGGAAAAGGAGAAGGAGGAAAGCAGACGAGCCAAGAAACUCAAGCAAAAGGGAAAGUGAGGGAACCGGAAUCGAGAGGGAGAGACUUCCAUUUCAAUCCGAGUGUCUGUGGAGAAGAUGAGCGGCCCGAGAUGUCGAUUCCGUUGUCGGAAGACAGUGUCCUCUCUGGGGUGUCUCGACACCCGAACGACGUGUCUCCAGAGUCACCGCGAGCGUCGCUGUCUUCUUUCCUUCGCGAUGGAACGCGUGAGAAAAGGACGAACAGGCAGAGUCAGUUUUCCUCGUCCCUCUCGUUUCUCUCGAUGCUCGGGGGCUCUUCUGCUCGGGCGCCUCCCCCGGUUGCGCUGGCGAACGACGACGCCUCUCCAGAGACCGCGAAAAGCAACGCCGAGCGAGAAAAAAGAGUGAAGCUGUCAAACGGCAACGAACGAACUGCUGUCCGUCCAUCCCGUCUCGGGCCGCAGCGUUGGGGAGCGGACCUGCGUCAGCGACUCGCAAAAAGCGCAGAGAGACAAGGCACAAACGAAGCAGAGGCAGCAGCGCCAGAGGCCAGCCGCUUCGUGUUGCCACAGAGCAGACGUUCGCCGCCGCCUGUUCAUUAUCCCGCAGAAAGGAGAGGAGAGACUGCGGCGACGCGGCAAAGUGGAGAAGACAGAAAAGCAGCAGAGCAGACGUUGAGGCAACGGAGAAGGCAUGCGCGGGCAGGGUCCUGCUUCCGGGGAACUGGGGCGUCAGAGGGAAGGAAGACAGGCUUGGAGACAGACACACUCUCUUCCCCUUUUCCUUCUCCUUCUUCGUCGCCGUCCACGUCUCGCUUUUCAAGACAGGAUGCGUUGUUCGCUCCCUGCUGCGUUGACCUGCGCGCGUUGAAAGAAGCUACAGGGUCUCUACGCGACUUGGAGGAAGAAACAGCGCUUCUCGCAAAUCCGCUUCCGCGGCAGCUUCCGUCUGGGACUCGAGGGAAAUCUGAGGUGCAAGGAGCCCACAGUUGCCGCGCUGGAACUUCUUCGCAGCCGACCAGGUCGCUGCGAGGCGUUGAGCGAGACGUCUUGCAGGUGAACAAGAGCGAGAUCAACAGAGAGAUCAAGAGAAAGAAGAAGGGAGAGAACGAGAGAGAGAAAGGGAACGAGAGAGAGAAAGAGAACGAGAGAGAGAAAGAGAACGAGAUGGAGAGAGAGGAAAAAAGAGAGAAGAAAACAGGGGAAAAGAAGAGACAGGCCACAACUGCUUUCAAGAUAGAGGAUAUAAGGGAUGUUGAGAAGGCGAAUACUACAUCAGAGAGCGGAGACAUAAAGAUCGAGGCUACCGGAGAGACGACGAGAGAAGCUAAGAGUGACGGUCUUCGGGGGGUCACUCUGGAGCAGAUGCGGGGCAAGGAAGAGAGACCGUUUUUCCUUGAACCUCCAGAAGGCCGGCAAAUCCUGAGAGAGGCAAAAGACCAGACAGAAGAAUCGAAAUCAAGACCCGUCGAAGAGGAUCAGAGAAAGGAAGAAGGAGACGGAAACUUCAGCAAGCGCGACAAACACGGAUGCAGCGAGUUGCCGUCGUUACUCGAGUUGAGUCCGAAAAGCAGACGGACGGUGAAGAGCGAAAUGCGAAAGUGGCUACGAGAGAAGAAGAAGGAGAGAGGACGAGAGGAAAACGCUCGUCCAGAGAACGCAGGGGAAACUUUCAAGAAGCCGCGACAGCUGACAGAAGAAGGGCAACACAAGCAAGAGAUUUUGAGGAUCCUCGACGAAGAGACUCGCGACAUGACAAGCAAAGAACUCGCAGUCUUCUACCGACAAAAAAUUGGUGAGAUGUGUGAAGCGUAG